UCGAGUUUUCUCGUCAAUGGCGAUUACCAUCACCGAUGGUGUCUGUCCCAUCUUCUCCUCAGGUUCAAGAAGACCUCAUUUUUCCUACUUGAAGUCAAACCAACGGCUGACCUCCAUCGCGCUUGGACGUCUCAGGGAUGGAUCAAAAGUGACAGCGACGGUGAAUCCGUAUUCAGAAACGGAAGCGGCGAGGCCGGAGGAGAGGAAGAGUUUGACGGACUUUUUGGCUGAAGCUGAAAAUUUCUACAUAUCAGAGGGGGGAGAUGGAGGUCCACCUCGGUGGUUCUCUCCAUUAGAAUGCAGCUCACGCGCUCCAGGAUCUCCUCUUCUCCUCUAUAUACCUGGGAUCGAUGGUACUGGAUUAGGGCUCAUUCGCCAGCAUAGGAGACUUGGAGAGAUAUUCGACGUAUGGUGCCUUCACUUUCCAGCCACGGAUCGUACACCUGCUCGAGACAUUGUGAAAAUCAUAGAGAGGACAGUUAGGUCAGAGUACUACCGUUCCCCAAAUAGACCUGUUUAUAUUGUUGGAGAAUCUGUGGGCGCUUGUCUUGCUCUAGAUGUUGCAGCGAGUAACCCUGAUAUUGAUAUUGUCUUGAUUCUUGCUAAUCCAGUCACACGCUUAAACAACUUCAUGUUGCAACCUUUAUCGAGUCUACUGGAAAUAUUGCCCGACCAAGUUCCCAGCUUGAUGGAAGAUAAUUUUGUGUUUAGUGAAGGUUAUCAUCAGUAUGCAGCAAUGUUCGAGAGUAUGCUGAAUGAAACUGUCACGCAGGUGGGUGGAGGACUCUUAGGAGACAUCUUUGCAGCCUCAGCUAAUCUGCCUACUCUGGCUAGGAUCUUUCCCAAGGAAACACUUCUAUGGAAACUUCAACUGCUUAAGUCUGCUUCAGCAUCUGCUAAGUCCCACAUGUACACAGUCAAAGCCCAAACCCUGAUACUUCUGAGUGGACGUGAUCAAUGGCUACUGAACAAAGAAGACAUUGAAAGACUCUGUUGUGCAUUGCCGAAAUGUGAAGUCCGUGAGUUUGAGAAUAAUGGACAGUUCCUCUUCUUGGAGGAUGGGGUAGAUCUGGCGACCAUCCUUAAGAUUGCCUAUUAUUAUCGCCGUGGGAAGAAACUUGAUUACAUUUCUGAUUACACUCUGCCUACUCCCUUUGAGCUCAAAGAGUUUGAACAAUCACAAAGAUUGCUAACAGCUGCUGUUUCUCCAGUAUUCCUCUCAACUCUAGACAACGGUACAGUAGUAAGAUCACUUGCAGGAAUACCUUCGGAGGGACCUGUUCUGUAUGUUGGUAACCACAUGUUGCUUGGUCUCGAACUGCGUCCAGCAGCAAUUCAUUUCUUGAAAGAGAGGAACAUUAUCUUGCGUGGCCUUGCACAUCCAGUGAUGUUUGCCAAAAAGAUAGGCUCAAAGCUCCCUGAUAUGCAGAUGUUCGACUCGGUUCGGAUCAUAGGCGCAGUUCCCGUCUCGAAUACCAAUUUCUACAAGCUGCUUCGUUCAAAGGCUCAUGUAGUCUUGUAUCCUGGAGGUGUCCGCGAAGCCUUGCACAGAAAGGGUGAAGAAUACAAGCUGUUCUGGCCUGAACAUUCAGAGUUUGUCAGGAUCGCAUCUAAGUUUGGAACAAAAAUCAUUCCUUUCGGCGCUGUUGGAGAAGAUGAUCUCUGUCAAAUGGUUUUGGAUUACAAUGAUCAAAUGAAGAUCCCUUUCUUGAAGAACAUCAUAGAAGAGAUAACACAGGACACUAUUAAGCUGAGGAAUGAUGAAGAAGGCGAAGUGAGGAACCAAGAUUUGCAUAUGCCUGGACUAAUUCCAAAGAUACCGGGAAGGUAUUACAUAUACUUUGGGAAACCGAUAGAAACAAAAGGUAGAGAGAAAGAGCUAAAUGAUAAAGAGAAAGCUCAUGAGGUUUACUUGGAGGUCAAGUCUGAAGUAGAAAGGUGUAUGACCUAUUUGAAGACCAAAAGAGACAGUGAUCCUUACAGAAACAUAUUCCCCAGGCUGCUUUAUUACCUCUCACAUGGUCUCUCUUCUCAAAUCCCAACCUUUGAUUUCCCAAAUCAUUAAACUUUAGCUACUAAACCUCCAACAUGAGAUAAGUGUUGUUUCAAACAAAACCUUUUAUUUGAUAUACCUGACAAUGACUAUCAUUAAAUCUUUGAUAACUUACCAAAUAAGGAAAAAAAUGUAAUACAACUUCGGAAUCAGAGUUUCAAAUAUCUUGGAAUUUCUGGGUAAUGAUACUCCAGAGAUAUCUAUGGAGGCAUAGUACAAUAAGAAGUAAUCAUCACCAACACUAUGGAAGCUUCUGUGAUUUUGAAGA